UCUCGCACUCGCUUGUUUGAGCGCAGAGCUGAAGCUCUGAUUUCUUGGUUUUCCUAAUUCAUUGGGUUCCCUUCUUAUUUGAGGGUUCGAGCAAUGGAUAACAAACAAACGCACGAAAGAAACGGACCAUCUGGAGAAAGAGUGAGUCUUAUCGUGUUGAGUCGUUGACCAAAACUGAACAGCUGACGGUUAGAAGACUUCAGUCAGCGUAUCUAUAGUGGGACAUAGAUCCCUUACAAGAUGGGGUAUAAUAACACCAUCGAAAUAUAUGAUGAAAUAUAUAGUUUUAGGACGUGAUCUGGAGAGAGAUUGGUAUCAAUUGGUAUCAACCCUCAUGUUGUUGAACCUCUUACUAGUACUGUUGGUAUGGCACAGCAACUUAUUAAGGGUUUCCUUGUUGAAUAACACUGGGAAGUCUUGCUUACUGAGGAUGGAGUAUGACUGAUGAAGUUGCACCACUGAGGAGGACGAGAAGAAUGUAUCAUUUGGACUUGCACUUUGGGAAUAUCCAUUAAUUCUGGAAAUCAUUUGGGAAUAAUGAAUAACGGACCCACUAUUGUCUACGAGUGGUUAAAAACCCUCCAGUUGUGCCAGUAUGUGGAGUCAUUUGUUGAUAAUGGGUAUGAUGACCUGGAGGUGUGCAAACAGAUUGGGGAUCCUGACCUGGAUGCCAUAGGUGUCCUGACCCCACACCACCGGCAAAAGGUACUCCGAGCCGUGCAGAGACUCAAAUAUGAGGACAAGAAGGGGAAACCAGGACUAUAUUUUACUUUAGAGCCCCUUCCUCAUGUCACAGACUCCCACACAUCUCAAAUUAAUGACUGCAAACAGAAUUGCACCAAAUCAUGGGUGAACUCUACCUGGGACAAACCCAGAACUGGUCCAAGGCUUGAACCUGCUAAUGAUAUUAAAGCACUUGACUACCAUAAGAAACCAGUGGUUUAUCCUAAACUCAAGCUGAAGAUCAUGAUAAGGGAUAAAUUGGUGAAGGAUGGGAUUGACUUGAGCAAAAUGCCCUACUCGUGGAAGGAUGGCUCCCUGGGAAACAUUGAGGAUCUGGCCCAAGAGUAUUCCGAAUAUUACAGCACAUCAUACAGUGAAGUGUGCGAGAGAAUGGAAGAGUUACGCAAACGCAGAGUGGCUCAAGAAGCAGAGACGGGAAAGGCUGAAUCAACAACAUCCCUUCAGCUGCGGUUGGAAAUCCAGGAGUCACUGGGGCUGUCUAGUGCCGUGUCCACACCUGAGGUCGAGAGAAGGCAAUCGAUGCAGAAGUCCAGCUCUGAAGACGGAUCGGCAGGACGAUGGGACAGCAGGAAGAAAAACAAAUCUUUCUGGCAAAAUUUCCGUAAGGUGCAGAAAGGGAGUGUUCGAGAGGCACCAAAAGGGGAGGACCUGGGCUUUGUGGCCAGUGAGAUCACCAUGAGUGAUGAGGAGCGUAUUCAGCUGAUGAUGAUGGUGAAAGAGAAGAUGAUCACUGUGGAGGAAGCUUUGGCUCGACUGAAAGAAUACGAGACGCAGAACAAGCAGUCCAGCAGUUCAGACACGCCCAGUCCCUCGAUGUACGAAUCUUCUUUCUGUAACUCAAGAGAACAAUCGGAGGACGAGCUGGAAGACUCUGCCACCUUUCGCCGGCUUCAUAAACUCGUCAAUUCAACUCGACGUGUCAGAAAGAAGCUUAUUAGAAUAGAUGAGGCCAAAAAACAUGGAGCAAAGGACACUAUGAGCCCUGAAGCAUCACCCUCCGGUGAGGAGGCCGUCUCUCUGUACUCUGGGGUGCACAAGCACCUCGCCGUGUCUCAGGGUGAUGGAUUGAGCUCUGUGCUUCAGGAACAGCUCUAUCUGGACAGAGACUCAGACAGUCUGACCACGUCUCCGUCCUCAAGCAGUUUAGACACCUACAGCAGUCACAAGCUCUUCAAGGCCUUCAGUAAGUCCAGUCAUGGUCUGGAGCCCGUCUUAGGACCGGCUGGAGCAGUUUCAGGGCUGGACGCGGGCAGCGGUUCCUCCUUCUCUGAGGUGGACGGAGACGUGGAGUCCAGGAUGUCUCGAUCGGUAACGGACAGCGAGAUGAGACGAGCCCUGAGCCCCUCAAACUACCAUGGAAGGACCUGUAGUUUUGGUGGAUUCGAUCUCACAAAGCGAUCUGUGUACAUGGGCAACAGCAGCUGUGACCCCACAAAUGAGAAUGUAAAUAUCAGCAUGAGAGAUGCGUCUAGAUCCCCCACACCAUCUCGUAUCUCACUGGGGAAGAAGGUGAAAUCCGUUAAAGAGACUAUGAGGAAACGCAUAUCCAAGAAAUAUAAUUCCUCGCCAUCCGAGCAGUCAAGCCCCAGCAGAGUUCCCAGCAGCCCACAGUCUCCUCACACGGACACAGACUCUCUGGAGAAACCCAAACUCAAAGCCGGAGGAUCAGUGGAGAGUUUGAGGAGUUCACUCAGUGGACAGAGCUCCAUGAGCGGUCAGACAGUCAGCACCACAGAUUCCUCCACCAGUAACAGAGAGAGCGUGAAAUCAGAAGACGGCGAUGAAGACGAGCUGCCGUACAGAGGACCGUUCUGCGGUCGAGCUCUCGUACAUACAGACUUCAUUCCCAGCCCAUAUGACACAGACUCCCUCAAACUCAAGAGAGGAGAUUUGAUUGACAUCAUCAGUAAGCCACCCAUGGGCACCUGGAUGGGGCUGCUGAAUAACAAGGUGGGAACCUUUAAGUUCAUUUACGUGGAUGUGCUGAACGAAGAAGAGAAACCCAAACGCAUGAAGAAGAGGAGGAAGAGUCGUCCUCCUAAACCCACAUCCGUAGAGGAGCUCCUGGAACGCAUCGAUCUUAAAGAGCACAUGCCCACAUUCCUGUUUAACGGCUAUGAAGAUCUGGACACGUUUAAACUGCUGGAGGAAGAAGAUCUAGAUGAGCUGAACAUCAGAGACCCGCAGCACAGAGCAGUGCUGCUCACCGCCGUCGAACUUCUGCAAGAGUGUGACAGCAACAGUGACCCAGAACGUGAAGGAACAUCAGAUGGUUCCCAAGAGAGGCUUCUGUCUGUGGUUCACGCCCUGCCGGGCGACUCUCCUCGCGACUCCGGCUGUUAUGAGAGCAACGAGAACCUGGAGAACGGCAAAGCCAAAAAGAUGACUCAUUUAAGCAGGUCGUCAUCAGGCUUUGAGUCCAGUCACCUGCCCUCCCCUGAGUAUCCUACCCCAACCCUUCAUUCCUGCAGAUCCACCCCAAAAACUACACCAGAUCUUCAGUUGCUCCCACUUCCACUGCAAAUUGACUCCAUGAAGAAUGUUAAUCUAGGAACGAGCCACUACAUGUUCAGAGGAAGACCCCUCAGCCGUAGUUGCGGUGCCCUGGAUAGGCUGUCAACUCAGACAGAGCUUUUGAAGUGUUGCUUCUCCCUAGAGGAACUUCGCCUGCAAAAACAUGCUGAAGAAACGCAGCCGUGCAGUGCAGAUGAACUCAGAAACACUCCUGAAAUGGUGUCCGACAUUAUUGAGGACAUUCUAAGUCAAGCAAGUAGUCAAGAGAAUCCUGUAUCACCUAAAGAGUCUCAAGAGUUUGGAACUGCAGCUCAACCAUCUUCUGCCAUCAUUGACUCCAACAUUUCAGAGGACUAUGAAGAGGUGUCUGUAGAUGUAGAAGAGGGACUCUUAGAAGAUCUUUCUCCAUGCACGCAACGCAUUAAACCACCAGUUCCUCCGAAACCUCUUCCAUUGCCGUUAUUAAAGAGCAGGUACGCUGGUAUUGGUAGUCAGGAUGUUUUUAUAAAUGCAUCCAAGCCAGAGAGGUCAAUAUCUGGCUUUGAAGUUCAAAGGACCUCCAAGCCACUCAUGUACAGGCCUGCAAAGAAAGCUCAGACUGAGAAAAUGGCCAACCUGGAAACUUUGGUGGAGGAGAAGUUGUUCUCUGAUGGCAUUGACAUCACAGAAGUACCAUAUUCUGACAAGCAUGGACACUACGGAGUGCCAUUCUCUCUUGUCCAGAGGUACUCUGAGGAUCUCGACAAACCUCUGGGUGACAUUGCCAUUCUAAUCGAUCGGACAAGAGUCCAACAACUUCUAAAGCAGCAUCGUAUAGCAAUCCCAUUGAGAGGGUUGUCAGAGAUAUGUGUGAUCCCUUAAGCACAUCUGGACCGUGUCAAACUGGACUCCAGGACUCGGUUGCAACAAUAUAGUUGACUUUGAAUGUGUGCGCAUUGAUUUCAUUCGGAUAUAUAAAGGAAAUGAAUGAAAACUGACUUGCAUCAGAAUGACCAAACAGCAAUACUGUCUCAAAAGACUCCCCAAGUGGAUUGUUGCGUGCCUCUUAUUUGCAUUUAUCGAACCCUUUUGCCUAUUAAGAUUUGUUGAGGGUCAAUCUCUGUGGGUUCCUGUUUAGUACUCUGUCCUUUAGCACGUUAGAAACUGAAGUAGUUUGACUCGUUAAAUUAGUGACUGUAUUUUCAAUUAAGUCAAUGAUUCAAAAAGUGAUUUCUGUUGAGUAAGUUAUUGCAUUCAUUGCAACAUCUAGAGCGACUUGAAGGCACCAAUUUGACUAAUCCUAUGACUAUGAAGGAACUGGUAGCAUCCUUAGAAAGCAUUAAUGUUGCCUUAUUAAAUGUAAAGGUAUAAUAGUAGCUUUUUGUUUAUGGCAAAACAAUGGAUCAUAUUGAAAGCCUUAAGACUUAAUAUAGAAGUAGUCAAAAUACUGAUUUUGGUUUUCCAAAGUUGCCUUUAAUAUAAAGAAUUCUGCAGUUUUGGAGAGUAAAAAAACUUUUCUUUCUGUAUUUUGCAAUGUCUGAUAUUUUGCUUGGCAAUGUACCAAUUGAUUUCACAAAAAUAUUUAUUUAAUUCUGUAAUAUGGCUAUUAUUUGAUGAUUUUGCUUGUAACAAUUAUCAGUAACUAUUUUAAUUCAUUUAAAAUCAUCGUGUUUUGAGGUUAAGAACUGAGGUUAACGCAGGUUGUGAGAAUGAACUGUACUGUAAAAGUUUGUUAAUGGCUUUUCAGUGACAAAUGUGUUUUAAAUAUUAAUAAAGUCA